GAUAGCGUCGUGAAAAAGUUAAGCGUUUUCUAUUACUAAUUUGGGGAAUGAAACUGAAAUCACUCGAUUAUUCUGACAUUAUUGAAAGUUUUACCAAUCGCUAUGAAAAUAUUAUCAAAAAGAUGCGCUUCCAGCAACGUCAGCAACUGGAGCGGGACCAGCGUAAGGUGGAAAUGAUUUCCACGUCGUCGAAAACGGCGGCCACCGCAGCAUCCACGAUCAGCAGCAGCAGCACAGCCGGAAGCACCACGAUUCGUUCGUCGGCGGCCAUCAGCAGCAGCAGUAGCAGCACCACCACAGCCACAGCAACAAGCCACAUUGUCCACCACCAGAACGGAACAGGCUCGGCCACGAACGCCAGCGAUUCCCUGUCGGCCAGCCUCGGUGCCGGAAAAGUGCGACAAAUGUUCGACGAACGGCGUCACCGAGUGGCCGGGAUCGACAAAAGCUACCCGCUGCAACCGAUUCAAUCACAACAGCAACAACAACAACCAGCAGCAUCGAAGUUGGCCGCCAGCAACGGAAAUGGUACUGUUGUUGCCUAUGGGAACGGAACAUCGAAGGCGGCUGUGAAUGCGAAUGGUGGAAUGGGCGGAGGCGGUGGCGGGGGUGGAAAAACGCGUGUGCCACCAAUUUCGGCCACCACCAAGGCACGAAUCGCAAUGCAACAACGCGCCGAGAACGGAAAUGGGGAGACCCUCCGGAAUGUCUCGUUCGACGACAACGAAAAUCUACUGGAUGACGAAAAAUUUCCAGAUACAAUAUCCUUCGAUGACGACAUCUCGACAACGACCGCGACCCUUGCUGCUGGAACAAACACCGGCGGGACAGCAAGGAAGCUCUCGAACUCCACAAAAAUGAACGGUAGCAAUCAUCAACCGAACGUGUACAGCCUGAAGCUGAAACCUGUUCCGGGUCGAACGCCGAUGACACCGUCGCUGAAGGGACAGGCCAAUCCACACCAGAAGAUGCCCUCCUCAGUGACGACAGCCCGGAAGCCCGCCAGCAGUCCAUCCCCCACGGCUGCUCCUCAUAGUAGCUCGCCAGCAGGUUCAGCUAAAUCCUCGGCAUCAAGAAAUUCAUCCGGCGCCAACAAAUCCGCACCAAUGGCCUUCAGCAGUAUCCAAAGGAAACCAUCAACUGCCUCGUCAGUCCGUUCAGCCGGUUCCAUAACGCCAUCGAUGGACGAUGGUCCAGUUCCGCUAGGAUUGGCCCGCUGUACCAUUUGUGGAAGGAACUUUGCCGAGGAAAGGUUGUCGGUCCAUAAAGAAAUCUGCAUGAGGACCAAAACCAAAAAGCGUAAGACCUAUGACGCCACCAAGCAUCGCGUCCAAGGAACUGAUGCGGAAAAGUAUGUCAUCGGCGGAAAAAAGAAAGUUUCUUCGACGACUAAGAAAUCCUCCGUUAGCGUUGGGUCCGUAGCCGCCGGGUCAACCAAUUCCAAAAAACCCGACUGGCGAAGGAAACACGAAGAAUUCAUCCAAGCCAUCCGGGCGGCCAAAGAAAUGCAGGCCCAUCUGGCCAAGGGUGGCAAGCUGUCGGACCUUCCACCGCCACCCCCGUCGGAGAAUCCGGACUACAUACAGUGCCCUCACUGCUCUCGGCGAUUCAACCAAACGGCCGCCGAACGACACAUUCCCAAAUGCGCCACGAUGUUACACAACAAACCGAAACCGAACCAGUCGACCAGAACAAAGCGCUUCUAGACGGCCUCUGGAUAGUCUGGAUAAAAAAAAACAAAUCGAACGCUUUAGCUGAAUUCCUAACCCAAAACCAGAUAUCAAAAAGCAGCCUGAAACUAAAGCCUCGGAACCGCGCACUAAAACCAUAUACCAUAUACCGACUACUUACCCCGUCCCGAAGGCAGGAACCACGAAUUAACGGGAUGGAACCUGCGUGUAAGACAUGUAUUUUUAACAUUUAUUGUUUUUUGUUUCGAUUUCCUUACUCGAGCGCAAUCUCCUGGCUGACGGUGCGCAAGGAACGUAUCUACCCUGGCGAUCAGAGUUAUUUACUGUAUUUUUUAACCCCUUUUUCAUGUCUCAGUCAAUUUUAUGAAUAAAGAAAUUUUAAACAUUCA